CUUUGCAAGCACAUCAAUCGAAUCUCUUCGUGCUAAAAUAGAAUAUUCAAUGAGUAAAUUACACUUCCACCUCCACAGACAAGCUUUUUUAAGAAGUAGAAUCAGCAGCAAUACACACAAUAUUUUUCUUACAUAGAAUUAUCAGUACAAAGUGACGAAGAAGAAGAGAAUUUAAAAGAUUUUUAGCUGAAGGAAAUAAGAUAACAAGAAGAACUUUAUUACUUUAUCGAGGAACAAAAAAGCGGAAGAUCUUUAUUGAUAAGAGAUUUUCAUUUUAAUGUUUUUCUCGCAUAUCUGUUAAGCAUUAAUUUCUCCAAAUAAAUAAAGGAAGAAGUGGCAAAAAGGAAGACCAAACAACAAGAAGAUAACAAAACAAUAAUCAAGCAAUUUUUCAUCCAAUCUCUGUUUAAAUUUUCAUCACUUCUAUCUUACGGCUAAACAUAGAAAAAGUAUAGCUUACCACAGUGAAAAGUACGUGAAGAAUAAUCAACAGUGAUAGAAAGAAACGAAAAAGGGACGUUGAGAACAUUAAAUCUGUGAAAGAGAAAGAAGAAAAAAGAAAUUUAAUCACUUAACGAGGAACCAAAUCCUUUUUUCCAUAGAAAAAAGAAAGGAAGCUAGCAGAAAUUGAAUUACAGCUUGUUUUGUGUCCGAAAUCAGAGCUACUGUAAGCCAAACAAAAAAAAUUCUAAUUCAAUUUUCACAUCAUUAAGUAGAAUAAAUAAAGAAUAUAAAGAUAGGAAGCUGGACAAAAAGCGAUCCUGAUAGCUGGAUAAUGAUGUUCCAAAAAAAUAAUGCGUGAAGCCUUCCCUCCUUGUCUUCCAAUAACUAAUAAUAGUUCUGGAAUUGAAAAUAAUAACAAUAAUCAUAAAGAAUAUAACAAUAACCAGCAUUCAUCCCAAACUACAACACUCGCUAGCAAUAAUUGUCUUAGAGGAAAAGAUUUAAAUAUUGAUCGAAACAAUGAAAUUACCAGAGAUGUAUCCAUACACGACACAGAGAAAAUAUGUUUUGAUUCUGAUGAAGCGCAAAGCCUCAUAGCAUCGUUAGCAUCAACAGCCCCUUUCUCUAGCGAUUUGGAAGAGUUACAGAACAUCCUACACUUCCCAGAGGAGGUGGCGCUACGCUUAACUGAUGCCGAAUAUCAGUUAUAUUAUCAGACUUCAGUUGCUGAUUUUAUUAUCGAGUCAAUUUAUGAUUUACAAGGGAAGGUUAAUGAUGAGCGCGUAAAUUCACCAAUAAAGAAUCUUAGAAAACGCUUUGAUGAUGUCUGUUCGUGGACAUCAUAUAUUGUUAUAUCACAACUAUUGCCUGAUGAGAGACGAGCGGCAUUUGGGUGCUUACUUCGUGUAGCUAUAUCAUGUUGGAAUAUUGGAAAUUUUAUUGGCGCAAAGGAAAUUAUCACGGGUCUUAGAUUUCUACAGAACAAAUCACUUUGGUCGUCAAUUACGGAGAACAAGAGAAUAUCCUGUUACGACUUUUUAUGUUCCGCAUUUGAUUCGGAUGUAUAUGAGAAAAAUUUGUCCCGUGCACUCGAAAUUCCAACAUGCCGUGUCAUACCAUAUUUUAAAUUUUAUCUCGAUAAACUGAGAACCGCCUUAUCAUCAUCAAAAACAUUUUCGUUUACAUCGGGCUCGAUAGAGGAGAUUUGUGCAAAGCUUAAAAAGCGCGAAAAAAUCCCCGACAUGGAAUGCUUGGAACAGAUGGAACACAUAAAGAGUGAAAUUGACUUAUUUUUAGAACAUCAUAAUGCAUUGUGUCAACAAACAUCGCCUAGUUUAUACGAUUAUUUGAGACAAGCAUCGAAUACACCACGACAAUUAAACAAUGAAUUGAAUCAAAUAUUACAUGAGGUUGAGGAAGAUUACGAAUUAGAAAUUGGAAAUUAUAACCCAGUACAAACGUUAUUUAAUGAUCAUGGCAUUAGUUUAAUUUCAUUAGCAUCUACCGAUUACAAUAAAAUAGAUCAUCAUUUAUUACAAAUAUUACAUCAUGGAACGACUGCUGUUUUAUGGGAGCCCGACACACAAACAGGUUCAUCAUAUGUCUACUUUCGUCUAGAAAGAUGUUGUUCUAUUGUCUCAUGGCAACGACCGUCAUGGCGUCGAAUAAAAUCUCAAAUGGACUUUAAUGUAACAAUCAAUCCUGAAGAAAAUGUUGUGCCGCGCACUGUCACGAAGCCAGUUUAUAAUAUCAACGAUAUUGAUGGAAUAUUUCAUACAUUAGAUGAAGGCAUAUUGGAUUUGGCUACGGUAAAAGAUAUUUCAAUGGGAUCACGAAAUCAAGAUUAUAAUCAAGAUAUAUUGGCAGCUGGAAGACGUUAUGGAUUAACGCAUGUCGAGAGUUGUGUGUCAAUUUUAUACGGAACAUCGCUUAAUGAAAAUCGAAUACUAUGCAUCCUGUGCCCUCCAAUGUUAGCUAGAUUAUGGUAUGUUGGUUUAACGUGUAUGCUACGUGGCAUUAGAAAACAAAUAAGUCUUGUUGAUCGUUCAAUGCUGUGGCUUAAAGAGCUUUAUAUUCAACUGUUUUAUGAGAACGGUGGAUGUGAACCUUUAGCAUCUGAUGCGAUAAGGGCGUUUGGCGGGACAGACUACACAUUUUUGUCAACAACAACCUCAACACCAGACUCAACGCACGGUGUAAAAAAAGAUAUAACACAACAAUCUUGUCAGCAGACAUCACAAUCAUCAAAUCAACAAGGAACACCCACAUCAUCUACAACAAUAAAGAAGAAAAAAUCAAUGGUGAAUUUAUUUACAUGUGGACAACCUCAAAGUUCAACAUCACCCAUAAUGACAAAUAAUAUUGCACAGAAUCAGCAUCAACAGAUGACUCCAACACAACAACAAUCAACAAUAUCUUCAUCUAUAUGUGAUACAACUACAUCCAUCUCAUCUAAACGUUAUAACGCAUUUAAUAACAUAUCAUUUGAUACUAAUUUAGAUUUUCUCUCAUUUGUUUCACUCUAUCGAUCAUUUAGUUUAAUUGCACGAAAAGAUUUACGUGAUAUAUUUGACCAAUUAUCAGUAACUAGGAAGAGUAAAAUUACGUUAAAUAGUGAUAAAAGCCGAAGUGCGCCUGAACUUUUUCAUGAAAAACCUGAGAAGAGAAAAAUUGGACUACUCACCCGUAAUAAUUCACUUGACUUUGAAUUAUCGCAAUCGAAAUAUUCACAAAAGAAACUGUUUCAUACACUUAUUAGGAAUUUUGGCUAUUGUGGUAAUUACAACAGUCCAUUAGCAGCAAUGCAAAUCUCAUCAGGCAAUCCAUCAAUUUCAAGUAACACUCAAGUGAUUACACUAGACACGUUUAAGAAAUUUUUAGAGACACGUCAAAUGGAAUCGAUGAGUGAUAGUGAAAUUAAAAUGAUUAUUGAGCGCCAUGAGCCGGAUCAAAAUCUUCGUACGGAAAAUCUGUUAAGCUUCGAAGGUUUUUCACGCUACUUAAUGGAUAAAGAUAAUUAUGCGAUGACAAAAACAGUUUGUCCAACGAAAAUGGCUGAACAAAUGAAUAUGAAUUUGCCAUUAUCGCAUUAUUUUAUUGCCACAUCACAUAAUACGUAUUUAACGGGUCAUCAAUUAAAAGGCGAAAGUUCAGUAGAGUUAUAUAGUCAAGUUUUGUUGACGGGAUGUCGUUGUGUUGAGUUGGAUUGUUGGGAUGGUGAUGAUGGAUAUCCAAUAAUUUAUCAUGGUCAUACGUUUACUUCGAAAAUUCCAUUUCGUGCUGUUGUCGAUGCAAUUAAUAAGUCGGCAUUUGUUGCUAGUCCAUAUCCUGUUAUUUUAAGUAUUGAGAAUCAUUGUUCGAUGCAGCAGCAAAUUCGUAUGGCUCAAAUAUUUCAGACCGUUUUUGGUGAAAAGCUCGUGACGAAAUUCACAUUCGAUAUUGAUUUUACGGACGAGCCAUAUCUCCCGACACCAGAACAAUUGCGGCAUAAAAUAAUUGUUAAGAAUAAGAAGAUAUUAGUUGAUGUUCCGGUCAGCAUAAGUUCGCCAAGAAGUCCAUACAUGCGUCAUCAGAGUAAUCUGAGUGGACGUGCAAGCUCAAUCAUAUCAAAUAGUUCAGCUGGUUCAUUGAACGAGGACUUUGAAGACAGCGAUUAUGAGGACGAUGAUGAUAUUGAUAAUUUUGAUGAUAAAACUUACAAUAUUUGGGGAUCAUCGAUAGAUGAUAAAUACACGCGACAUAGUAUUACAUCGUUUACAACAAAUGUGAGGAAAUUGGAGAUGGAAGAGCGAUCGAAGAAGCGAAGUAAUCAGAUAGCACGAGAACUUUCUGAUUUGGUGACAUACGUUCAGGCGAUUAAGUUUCGUGGCUUAAAUCCAUGGAUACAUUAUAAUUUAAAUCAAAGAAAUGGCACAAGUACACCACUUUCAACAUCAUCGACAACGAUUGCGCUGACAACAAAUUUAACGACCACAACAAAUACAUCGUCGGUAAGUGUGACGGGUUCAACUAUUAAAAUCACAACAACAACAGCAGCUGAUACGAGUGCUGAGACUGAAUCAAAUACAUCAGGUGAGCAAGAGACAUUAUCAUCAGCAUCAACAUCGUAUCAGAUUGGAAGUACUAAUAAUGUUACAACCGUACAUAAGAAAUAUCCUCAUGCAAAUGUAAACCAUCCGUGCUAUCAGUGCGCAUCGAUAAAUGAAGCAAAUGCAAAGAAGAUAUGUCGUAAACAUCCGUUAGCCGUCAUUGCACACACCGAGACGCAAUUGAUAAGAACUUAUCCGGCUGGUUUACGUAUCGAUUCAUCGAAUUUUAAUCCAGUCUUUUUCUGGAGUUUCGGUAUGCAAAUGGUCGCAUUAAAUUAUCAAACAGAAGACUUACCGAUGCACAUCAACCGUGCGAUGUUUGAGCAAUCAAAUAAUCACGGCUACGUUUGUAAGCCGGCUAUAAUGUGGAAUCGAUCACAUCUAAUGUAUCGUCGAUUCAAUCCACUUGACAAAGAAUUUGAUGGCUUACAUACGACACAAAUUGUUAUAAAUGUUGUCAGUGGACAAUAUUUGAACCAAAAUAAUUUGUUAUCUAGUCCCUAUAUUGAAAUAGAAAUUAUUGGAAUACCAGGUGAUUGUUGUAAACGUAAAACAAAAGCAAUAAUGCGUAAUGCAUUCAAUCCUAUAUGGAAUGAGACAUUUUAUUUUCGAGUUAAUUUCAUCGAUUUAGCAUUUAUACGUUUUGCUGUUUAUGAUUCUGAUGGUGGAUUCAUGUUAGCACAACGAGUUAUGUCUAUCAAGUCGUUACGUUCGGGUUAUCGUCAUAUUUGUUUACGGUCGUCGACUAAUUUACUAUUAAAUAUGGCAUCGCUUUUUAUUUAUUCGCGCAUUGAGGAAGAAACUAUUGAUAGUUGUUAUGAUGAAUCGGUAUUGGAUCGCGUGAAGACAAACUUAUCGGCAAUGGAAUCGAAAUUGUUAAACAAUCAAUUGAAUAAUGAUAAUGAUAAAGGUAAAAGGAAAACAUUCUUUUUAACAGUCUAUGGAGUGACGCCUGAUGAGCCAUAUACAAUUCUUAAAGUUAUCCAAGAGAGUACAACAAAGGAUGUUUUACAGCAAGCUUUAAUUAAAGGUGGAAUUCCGUUAGAAAAUCUCAAUGACUUUGUGCUUCUUGAGGAAGUCUUUCCAUCAUGGGAGAAGAAAGAUCGUUUACAGCCACCAAAGCAAAGGAUGCUUGAUGAAUCCGAGAAGCCAUUACAGGCACAAGGAAAGUGGAAAGGUGAAGGACGUUUCAUAUUAAAGAAAAUCGGUGAUGAUCCAAGCAGUCGUGCAUGGUUGAGUACUGUACGUAGAGUUGGCGCAGCCUUAGAUCGACAAUCAGAAUACAUGUCAACAGCAUAUGCCAAAGAUAAUCUCCAUACAACGUUAAAUACAGGAACAUCAUCACAGUCAUCAUCAAAUGACUUAGCAUUGAUUGAGAAUGUUGAACAUUUUGUCGUGUGUGUAUAUAAUGUAUCACCGGAUAUACCUUAUGCUAUGUUACGAGUACCAUUAAAGGCAACAGCUCAAGAUGUAUUAGCACAAGCUUUGCUGAAAGCACGCCGUUUUGAUAAUCCAAAUAAUUUCGUCUUACUCGAAGAGAUUCAACCAAAUAAUACAAAUACGCCUGUUCAUCAACGGCUUAUGCAGCAAGACGAGAAUGUUUAUAAGACACAAGCAAGUUGGAAGGCACUUGGACGUUUUAUCAUUCAAGAGAGACAAUCGACACCGUCAAUAUUAAGGAAAGUUAAAUCAGUCGAUAAAGGCAAAGGCAUCAGCAUAUCAACACGUCCAUCAAAAUUUCCCAUACAAUCGAUGCUCAGUGAUCCAACAACGUCACGUAUCAAGGCAAAAUCAGCUGACUCACAUACAGAACGUAAAACAAAGCACAAAUAUAGCCCCGAUCAAUUUAUGGAUUAUACAUAUUCAUCAACGCAUCAUCAUCAUCAUCGAUCGCACUAUUCCGAGGGUGAAACUUUAUCAGAGGAGGAAUCGAAAGAUGACUUUUUAUCAACAAUUACGAGAUUAAAGCGGAUGUCUAUGAAGAAAAUUAAAUCAUGGAAAAAUUGAAGAGAUAAGUUCAAUGAAUAUAACAUUUCAUUAUAUAUAUAUACAGCCACACACACACACACACACAACUUUUUUUGUAAGAAGAUUAUAAUAUAAAGAAAUCACACAUAGACACAUCAUUUUUCCCUUUCUAUAUCUACUAUCUACCUACCUACCCUAUCUCUCUAUCCAACGGCCCUCUCCACACACAGUCACACACAAGAUAAAGAGAUUUUUUUUAAUUAAAUGAAAAUUUUUCGCAUUUUACAUUGUUGUUGUUGUACUGAUUAAUUAGAAGGUGAUGGAAGUGGAAUAAAUCAUGAUUAAAUGAAGAAAAAAAUUAAGUAAUGAUAGGUUUAUUCUCUAAACAUAUUUUUUUAAUGAAUAGUAAAAAAAUGAACAUUAAAGUUUAAGAUGAAAAUAAAAGUGAAAAAUAAAAAGUUCUUUUAAUUUUAAUAAGAAUAAGGAGAAAAUGAUACAAGAGGAAAAAAAAAACAAAAUGAUUAUUAACAGUUUUGUGAUUAUGAGAAACAUUAAAAUGAUAAAUGAAUAA